AUGAACUCCAUCAACCAUCAACUCCCACAACCAUCAACUCCCACAACCAUCAACUCCCACAAGCAUGAACUCCAUCAACCAUCAACUCCCACAACCAUGAACUCCAUCCACCAUCAACUCCAUCAACCAUCAACUCCCACAACCAUCAACUCCAUCAACUCCCACAACCAUCAACUCCAUCAACCAUCAACUCCCACAACCAUCAACUCCAUCAACCAUCAACUCCCACAACCAUCAACUCCCACAACCAUCAACUCCAUCAACUCCCACAACCAUCAACUCCAUCAACCAUCAACUCCCACAACCAUCAACUCCCACAACCAUCAACUCCAUCAACCAUCAACUCCCACAACCAUCAACUCCCACAACCAUCAACUCCAUCAACUCCCACAACCAUCAACUCCAUCAACCAUCAACUCCCACAACCAUCAACUCCCAAAACCAUCAACUCCAUCAACCAUCAACUCCCACAACCAUCAACUCCAUCAACUCCCACAACCAUCAACUCCAUCAACCAUCAACUCCCACAACCAUUAA